AUGCACAACAAGAGAAGCAAGAACACAGGAGGUUGUGUGCACAGCACCCAGGACCACACAACCCUCGGAGGAGCGCCCAGGCUUUCUGAAGCCCCAGCAUCCGCUUUAACACCUAGCAAAAUGCCUAAAAGUGUUUCAAUAUCUAAACAACUGGCUUCAAUAAAAGCUUUGAAGAAAGGCUCAGAUCUUGAAAAAGCCAUUGCUACUCUCGCUCUGAUUUUCAGAAACUCUUCCGACCCUGAUGGUAAACUUAGGAAAGCCACUGCCAAGAAUCUGCUACAAACCCAAUUUAGGAAUUUCACAGAGGGAGAAGAAAGCAAGCCAAAGUGCCAAGACAUCCUUUCUGAGCUGGAUGAACACACAGAAAACAAGCUGGAUUUCGAGGACUUCGUGAUCCUGCUCCUGAGCCUUGCCAUUGUGUCGGAUCCGCUACAAAAUAUAUUCAGUGCAAAAAUUACAAAAUGA